CAAACAUUGUUUGUAAAUACAAUACAAUAAGGAAGUGCCAAAUUUCACACAGUUUUUCUUAUUUAUUGAUUUAAUUGUGUUGUUAUGUCAAUAUACACGCUCAUUUGGAACCGUUAUUAGGGUGAUACUAGUAGCGAUUUUAUUUAAGAUGUUGAUAUUAAAACUGAGCAUCUCUUCCAUAUGCUUCCAAUAUUUCAAAUUGUAACCCAAAAAACGAUGUCAAUCAAUGAGAGACCUAGAAGAAAGAAACCCGAGGUGCAGGUUCACAAAAAUCAGGAAGAUGAACCGUACAGAAAAACUUACAGUGCAAAUUUUAACUCUAGAAAAUGUCGCCAUAAGAAAACCGAAGACAAUAAACACUUCACAGAGGUAAUAUUGGAACUUCCCGAAUCGGAACGAAGUACCAAAACCAGUAAAAGACAACUAAAUGUGGAAAUGCAGCGUUUAGCGAAAGAAAAUGAGGAUGUGGUCGCGAAAUUCAACGAGUUAGAAGAAUUAUCCGUCAAGAAGAUUACCAGGUUAAAAGAGAAAAUCACUUCCCUUCAACAGAUUAAUAACACCAUAAUUAAAGACAAUGAUUAUAUUAAGAACCAGUACCAGGAACUUAUGCAUAGUUUUGAGGAAAUUAAAAUGCAACUGGAGAUAAGCCAAAACUGCAAAACCUGUGAAGACUUGAGAGUUGUAGUCGAUAAACUAUCAGCGGAUAACACAUCGAUUAGCAAAACCAAUAGGGAGUUAAACGAAGAUCUGGAAAUGCUUAAAACAGUAGUAUACAGACUGAACAUGCAAUUGGAACGUUACCAAGAAAGCCUGAGGAAAAACAACAUUAAAGUUACAAAUCCUGUGUUACGUAGUCCAAACAAAUCUGUACCGGAAAAAAUAACGACUCACACCAUUACCGCCAAUAUUUUAUCCGAGUCUCACUCCAAUCACAACCAUACUCCGAUAGCUUGGGGAUGCGUCAACUUGCACACUCUGGGGCCACUUUUGGAUGCCUACCAGGAUACCUUAACGGAAAAAGAGGAAAUUAUAGGAAACUACGAAAUUGAAAUAUCAAAGUUUACAGGGAAACUGAAGGAAAUAAUCAAGGAAAACGAAGUAUUACAUUCAAAGUUGACCGAGGAUGAUGAGUGUAGUGCUAAACUGAAAUGUGAUAUUGUUAAGCUAAAAUCGGAAGUUAAAUCCACCAGGGAACAGAAUGAUAUUUUGAUCAAGAAAUGCGCUUUAAAGCAGGAUAAAUUGGAAGAAGUGAUCAAAUCCUAUGAGCAGAAAGUUGAACAACUGAAGAGAGAUUACGGUGUGGCUCAAGAACAAUACUACCGAUUAAAAACAGACCUUGUGGCGACCAAGGAAAAAAACAAAGCUCUUGCUGGUGCUCAAGAUGAGUUCAAGAAUGAAAGGCACAACUACAUUCCUAUUUCCGUGCAUACAUCAAGUGUUAACGAAUGCAAAAGGUGGUAUGAAGAGUUAAAAGUGCAAUACGAGGGUGAAAAAAGAAAACUUGUUGAUGCUUUAGAAGCGAAAUCGAACGCAGUCAAUGAGCUUGAGAGAAAAGUGUCGAAUUCCAUAAAAAUGAAGGAGGAGUUGGAUGGAAAAAUUGUGCAAUUAGAAAAACAAAUUAAGAAAGCAGAGGGUAAAUAUUUGGAUUUGGAGCACACAUUAAACGAGGUUCAGUUGUCAAGAACAGCCUGCAAAAAGCAACUUCAUAAAGCGAUGACGUUUGCCAAAGACAUGGUGGCAGAGCAAGAAACGCUGCUGAAAGCUUUAAAUCAACGUCAAAUCGAAAAUAAAGCAGUAAAAAAAAUUGGCAGCGAUAUGGCCACUAGGAUGGACUCCUUAAAAAGCCAACUAAAAGAUGUUCAAAAAAGUGCAUGGGCUGAAUUUUCAACAGUGGAGCAGAGAAUACAAGAUCAAGAUUCACUAAUAGAAACAAUGAAAGAAGAACACGAAAAGGAGAUUCAAGAGUUACGAGAAAUAAUCAAAGAACAGCAAAAAGAAAAAAGCAGUAUUGCAAACAAUGAGACCAUUUCUGUACCCCAUUAUUUAUUGUAUAGAGAUAAGCAUAAAUAAAUUAAAUAUGAAUGAUAAUUUUUGUACCUAAAUUUGUAUGGCCUUUACCUGUAAUGUAAAAUAGAAUAUUGAUUUGUACAAUAUAUUAUUAUAAAU